GCACGCACAAUCAACGUUUCAAAAACUUUUUUUGUUUUCUCUCCGUUUGUUUGUUUGUUUGUUUCGUGUUAUUGUAAUUAAACGAAAACAAAAAAAAAUCAAAAUGAAAUACGCUUUGGUAUUUGCUUUUUUCGCCGUUUUUGCCAUCGCAUCCGCUUUCCCGAGUGAAAAUUCGGAAAAGGAAGAAGAAACGAAAUCGGAUUUGAAAAAAUUAGAUGAUGCUAAAGUCGAAGAAACUGGUGCUCAAGCUAAAUCUUCCGUUUCCGAUGAAGAAAGAUGCGAACCAGGACAAAGUUUUGCCAAAGAAUGUAACACUUGCACGUGUCCAGACAGCGGUUUGAAAUCAUUGGCCGGAUGUACUCUUAAACUUUGUUUGUAAAAAUAAAAAAUUCAAGAAUUAUUGAAUGAAUGAAUGAUUGAUUGAUUGAAAAAUCAAUCAAUCAAUUCAUCAAUCCGUCAAUUUUUAUUUAUUUUUUUGUUUGUUUCCUUUCAUUCAAUAAUUAUGUAACCAAUCGUUUUCUUUUUUCUUUUCUUUUUUUUUUUUUUUUUUAUUAUUUUUAUUAAAUUUUAAAUUUUUUUUAUGUAAGUUUUAUAUAAAAUAAAAAAAUGUACAAAUC